AUGAUUCAGCAUUUCCAUUUGUAUUUAUUCGGCAAAAAAUUUAAACUGAUAACAGAUCAUGCUGCACUUCAAUCAAUCUUCAACAAUAUCAAGACAAUACAAUCACCAAGAUUAGAACGUUGGCGUUUGAAGUUGACAACGUAUGAUUUCCAGACAGUUUAUAGACCAGGUAAAAUGAUGAUAUCAGAUUAUCUUUCCAGGCAUCCACAUGCAAGACACGAAACAAAUACAGUAGCCGAGCAAUAUAUCAGCUUUAUUACUGAUAACGCUUUGCCAGAUGCAUUGAAGCUGUCAGAUGUAGCAAAAGCUACCGAAACGGACUGUAUAUUAAGCUGUGAAGGUCACCAAGGCCAAUCAACAUGCAAAGGAUUAUUACGUGAAUACUGCUGGUUUCCACAUAUGGAUAGAAUGGUAGAAGAAAUUUGUAGAUUAUGCAUUGUAUGCCAAGCUGCAUCAACAAGAAUUACUCCAGACCCGAUUAAACCAACAUUACUACCACGAGAUGUGUUUUCUGAAGUCAGUUGUGACUUUUGUGGACCAUUUCCAGAAGGUUACAUGUUACUAGUUGUUAUAUGUGACUACAGUAGGGUUCCAGUAGUUGAAAGAAUCAAAUCGACCGCCGCAGAUACAGUCAUACCGCGAUUAGAGGCGAUAUUUUCGAUAUUCGGAUAUCCAGAGGUAGUGAAAACGGACAAUGGACCUCCGUUUCAAAGUCGCGCAUUCAGAGAAUUUGCUGAUAAUUCGGGAUUCAAACAUAAACGAAUCACUCCAUUGCACCCACAGGCAAAUGGAAUAGUUGAGAGAUUUAUGGCGCCACUGCAAAAGCAAUUAAAAACAGCGAUAGCGUCCAGACAAAAUUAUAAAAGAGCGUUAAGUAGAUAUCUUAUGAAUUUUCGGAACACACCACAAACAACUACACAAACAGCUCCUAGUGAAUAA